AUAUAUAUAUUACUUCCCACGUGUUGAUUCAGUGAUUUAGUCAUGACUCUAUGUGGAAGAUGUGUGAUGUAUCUGCACUCGAGGAUGUUGUGUAUAAAAGCACAACAUCAUGUAGUUCUGCCUAAAAGCACGACUUACAUGCAGACAGUGCUGAUGCUUCAUCCUCACAGCCGCACACAGAGGUGGAAGGACAGAUGGAGAUCAUUCGGGAUUCGGUUCUUCAGUGAUCAGCGAACCGACUCACCUCCAUGUCCAACAGACCGCACAGAGCAGGAAAACCAUCAAAAAGGUUUAGUGCCUGUAAUGAACUCUGAAUUACAUCCGGUUUUCAGUGCACCAGGACCAGUUCCUGCUCAACACAUCUCCACCGAUUUGGAUGCAGUGUCCUGUCCGUCCGCACUGGAAGAAAUUAGUGAUGAGGAUGCCGUACAGAUCUUUGUGCCCCCCAACCUUCCAGCCACCACGUUCACUCUCAGAGAUUACGUGGACAAAUCCGAGACCCUAACAAAUCUGGUUCACUUAGGGGUUGAUCUGUCAAAACUAGAGGAACGGCCUAAUGUGGGCUCUAUGCUGGUGAGGCUGGACUUCCAAGAAGAUGUGGUACCACGGCUCCUUUUCUUGAAAGAUCUGGGCGUUCAGGAUGUUCAUUUGGGCCGGAUGCUGACUAAAAACCCCUUUCUUCUCACAGAGAACUUGGAAAAUCUGCAAAAUAGAGUUUCAUAUUUGAAGUCAAAGAAAUUCAGUUCAGACUCUAUUGCUGUGAUGGUGAGCAAAGCUCCAUAUUUACUGAACUUCAGUGUGAAGAGGUUGGACAACCGUCUUGGAUUUUUCCAGCAGCAGCUGGGCCUCAGUGCUCACAAGACCCGAGAUGUUGUAACUCGACUGCCGAGGUUACUGUGUGGAAGCUUAGAGCCUGUAAAGGAAAACCUAAAGGUUUGUGAACUGGAGUUUGGGUUUCGCAGAAAUGAAAUCCAGCACAUCAUCACUGUGGUUCCAAAAGUGUUAACAGCUAAUAAACGGAAACUGACGCAAAUAUUUGACUUUGUCCACAACACAAUGGGUGUUCCUCAUUCUCUCAUUACAAAGUUCCCACAGGUCCUGAAUGCAAAAUUCCUUCGUAUAAGAGAACGACAUUUCUUUCUUGAGUACUUGGGUCGUGCUCAUUAUGAACCGACUCAUCCUAACUACAUCUCUCUGGACCGGCUGGUGACCCUUCCUGAUGACGCUUUCUGCUCUGAAGUGGCUUUAGCCUCUCUGGAUGAUUUUGAACGAUUUCAGAAAACUCUGUAGCAACUCUGUAACAUUGUAUUUAUGCGGGCUUCAGCGUCUGAAUUAUUUUGAAUGUCUAGUAUUAAUAAUAAAAAAAAGACAUUAAUUACAAAGAUAAAUGUUUUUUGUUGGGUGUUAGUUGAAACAUGUCCAGUUGUGUUGUUGAUGUGCUGCUGGUAAACAAUGGUUAUAUUCAUAUAAAUUUGCUCAUAAAACAAAUAAUUUAUGAUUACAUAAGGCUUUUGAAGUAAG